AAGCCGGUUGGUUGUUGAGUCGGCGACAUAAUCACAGAGACCGAAACGAAGCACAACCGUUAAUGAAAAAAGCGCGCGCUGCAAAUUGUUUUUAUCGCAGAAUAGUUGGUUUGUUUUUUUUUUUUAGUUAAACAUAGUGUGAAUAGUGCAAGCAUCAAAAUGAAUGAAUGAAUUCGGAAAAUAACUGCGAUACCAUUUUUUUCGUAUAACAAAAGAAGUUACAAACAAAAAACACACACACUCAUACAAUAAUAAUACCGCGAAAACUCGUAAAGAAAGAUCAUUGACAGCUUAUUGCGCACUGACAUUGGAUACGCAACGAAGAAGAAGGCGACACGAUGCUACCGCAGCAGUAUUGCCUGCGAUGGAAGUAUCAUCACAGCAACCUGCAGACGAUGUUCUCGCAGCUGCUGGACCGAGGAUGCUUCUGUGAUGUGACCCUAGCGUGUGAGGGACAAUUGAUUCGGGCACAUCGUGUGGUGUUGUGUGCCUGCAGCACCUUCUUUGAUUCGGUGCUCUCGAAUUAUGCCAGCGAACGUGAUCCGAUUAUCAUCAUGAAGGACGUGACAUUUGCCGAGGUCAAGUGUCUCAUUGAGUUCAUGUACAAGGGCGAGAUCAAUGUGGAGCAUGCUAGCUUGCCGUCGCUGCUUAAGACGGCGGAUGAUCUGAAGAUCAAAGGAUUGGCCGAGGUCACUUGGCGCGACGAUGAGGAUGGACCGCCUCCACCGAUGCCAGCUGCGGAGUUCCAUUCACCGCCACGCAGUCUGGCCGAGAGCUAUGCCCAGGAUCUGCUCCAUCAACAGCAGCAGCAGCAGCAACAACACCAGCAAACACAGGCCCAACAGCAUGCGGUGCAGCUGCAGACACAGCUGAAAACGGAACGCGAUCACGAGCACAAUUCACCCACAGCCCUGGACAAUGUGCUGGCCCUGAAUGCGGCCGCAGUUCGCAUGCCCGCAUUGACGCCGCUGCCAACUGCCAGCGGAGGUGGCGGUGGCGGUUGCGGUGGCGGUGGAUUGGCCGAGUGCGGUGCACAGCCAGUGGAUCCGUAUAUGGGACCCAAGCGUAAGCGCGGGCGGCCACCACUUGACGACACUUACGAUGUGUUCAAUGUUCGCAAAUUGGCACACUAUGCCGCAAACUUGGAGCCGGCACAGCGGGCCUACUUGGAGUCCGGGGGUCGUUCCUUUGUCGAGGAGCCGCAGCCGAUUGCACAUUCCGCCGCAUUGGCCUCGCCGCCCGCCGCCUGCCCACCCAAGCAGCGUCAGCGUCUGCGCCAACAGCAGCAGUUGCAGCAACAGCAACAGCAACAGCGACAACACCAGCAUCAUCAACAACAGCAGCAGCAGCAACAUCAGGCGACAUCACCACACACAGAGCAUGGCGAGCGCGAGGAGUGCGCACAGGAUUGGCAACGCAACAACAAUGUGUCACCCAAGCUGGGUGAACUGGAGCCCAAAGCUGAGCUCGAUCUGAGCAACGACGAUGGCGAGCAGGCGACAACAGCAGGCGCAGCAGCAGCGAUGCCGCUGUGCAGCGCCAGCGGCAAGUCGGAGAAGGCAAACGAGCGACGCGAACGCCACGGCAAGCUGCGGCAUGCCACACGUCGGCUAUACGCGGAGCGUGAAAAGUCUGCGGACAAAGCAGCGGCAGCGGCAGCACAGCGUGCACAACGCAGCUCAAUCACAGAUAUUGAGGGACAUGAUGCGGACCAACAACAACAACAACAACAACAGCUGCAGCAGUCAGAGCCAGAGGUGAAGCAUGAGAACGAGAACGAAGAGGAAUCAUCAUUGGCGGCAACAUCGUUGCCACAGCCCGUCGAGGAGAUCGAGAACGAGCAUCUGGUGGCCAAUCGAGCCGAGUCACCCGCCAUUACAGUCCGCUCUGCGGCGCUGUUGUCCGCCAGCUUCGGUGCCAGCGGCAAGUAUGGAACACAGCAUUCGGAUGCAACGGCCGGCGGAUACUUGUUGAAUGAUCACGGUGGCAUUUUGAUGCCACACGAAUUUGCGCCCAGCGUGGCAGCUGCUGCUGCUGCCGCCGCCGCUGUGGCAGCUGUGGCAAAUGCCACAAAUGGAAUUGCCACCGGCUCGGGCAGCAGCAAUUCACAGACAGCCGCUGGUAAUGAGUUGGCCAACACAUCGCUCGACUGUAUCGAGGUGAAGAUGGAAGAUUACGAUGCCGUUGAACUGCGGCUGACCAACGAGGAGUUGUCACAGUGGCAGGAUGUUAUCAAAAUGGAUGAUUACUUGGCCAAGGGACGGCGUCCACAGUUCUGGGAGGAGCCAUUCACCAAGCGUGUACUCGAUGCCAUCAAGAAUAAAAGACUCGAAAUGAAGAAAGCCGCACGCAUUUUGGGUGUCUCAUAUGGCACACUUUAUGGUCGCUAUCGCGAGGUCUACGGCUGCCUCAAGCAUCCGUACAGCGGCACCAGUUUUCGCAACUCCGUUGGCGGCAAUGCGGCCACAGCUGCCACCCAGUUGGCGGCUGUGCAACCUCGUUUCGAUCUGAGUUUCCGCAGCAGCAGCGUGUUGCCCACAGCACUGGAGCUGGGUAAACUGCGACCGAAGGACCUGAGCGAGCUCUGGACACGUCCGCAGAUAUGAAAACCAACAAAGAAAAAGAUACAAAAUCUCAAACUUCGCCCCAGAUUAAUCUAGGGGAAUGUGUUUCGUCUCUAAGCUCUAACGUUUUAAACAAAUUUAUAGGCUAGUUUAUUUAUGGCACAAUUGCCUUUUCCCGAAUUGGCAA